AUGGGGGCCCUUUUGUCGCUACCCUUAAUGGCUAUACCCAGCAUGAGCUCCAUCAUCACUGUUGGAGCAUCUUGCUGCGGUGCGGCGACUUGCUCUGCCAUCUUCAACUCUUGCGGGAAAUGUCACAACUCGACCGCCACCCGUAUUGUCUACGCUUUAAUCCUCGCCAUAAACUCGAUAUUCAGUUGGAUAAUGCUCACGCCAUGGAUAAUUAAGAAACUCCAAAAGUUAACGCUGGACUACAUGACCAUAAAGUGUCUCGGAGAGGACUGUUUUGGUUUCGUGGCUGUACACCGGUUUAAUUUCGCGUUGGGACUGCUCCAUUUUGCACUCGGUUUGAUGUUACUUGGUGUCAGGUCCACCAAGAAUGGCAGAGCGUCGAUACAAAACGGAUUUUGGGGACCAAAGAUACUGGCUUGGAUUGGACUUAUCGUUCUCACCUUCUUUAUUCCCGAAGAGUUUUUCAUCUUCUGGGGGAAUAAGGUCGCAUUCGUGGGAGCAGCACUUUUCCUCUUCCUCGGACUUAUCCUGCUUGUCGAUCUAGCACACACAUGGGCCGAGACUUGUCUAAGAAAAGUGGACGAGACGGAUAGCAAUGUGUGGAGGUUUAUACUUGUCGGUUCCACGUUGGGGAUGUUCAUCAUUUCGUUGGUCCUUACCAUCAUUAUGUACGUCUUCUUCGGGAAGGGCGAUUGUAGUAUGAACAUCUCGGCUAUUACUAUCAAUAUGCUUCUGGCGAUUGUUGUCAGUGCAAUGUCAAUCCAUCCGGCGGUCCAAGAGGCAAAUUCGCAGGCUGGUCUUGCGCAAAGCGCCAUGGUCGCGGUUUAUUGCACAUACUUGACAAUGUCUGCUGUGGCUAUGGAACCAGAUGACAAGCACUGCAAUCCAUGGAUUCGAGCUAGAGGCACCAGGACAGCCAGUAUUGUUAUUGGUGCAUUGCUCACACUCCUCACUAUUGCAUAUACCACUACAAGGGCUGCAACCCAAGGUUUUGCCAUGGGCAGUUCGGGGCCAAGCGGCUACGCUGCUCUCGGAGAUGACGAACAUGGACUUGUUACCCAGGAGCCAUCAAGACAUGCCAUGAGACAAGAGGUUUUGAGGAGAGCAAUCGCAGAGGGAGCAUUGCCGGCUAGUGCCCUGGAUGAAGAUAGUGACGACGAGGCAGAAGAUGCGGUCGAUGAUGAGAAGGGACGGGUGCAGUACAAUUAUACACUGUUCCAUUUCAUCUUCAUGUUGGCCACGGCUUGGGUUGCCACUCUAUUGACGAUGAGUUUGGAGGAUAAGGAGGGCGAUUUCACACCCGUUGGCAGGACGUACGGGGCUAGUUGGACUAAGAUUAUCAGUGCAUGGGUCUGUUAUGCACUGUAUGCAUGGAGCCUGAUUGCUCCCGUGGCGCUUCCUGAUCGAUUCGGCUAA